AUGACUGUGGAUGGCCCCCAAGCUCUGGGAAAAGCCUCCGAGACGGACGAGGUUCCAGCGAACCAGAGCCCUCAAGCGGCAGCCUGCGACGUUCCGACAGACAUGCCAGAGGAUGUUUGGCCUCGCCGCGAGCACGCCAAGGCCGCCCUGGCUUUCGUGGCCAGUGCCGCCUUCCACGCGGCGAUGAGCCUUUGCGUGAAGCUGGCCAGUCGCAGCUUUCCCACCUCGCAGAUCCUCUGGGCACGCUACUCCGUGCAGCUGACGGUGACGUCCUCCAUACUCCUGUGGCGACGCGAGGCGUGUGCCGGCCUUGGCCAAAUUCCCGGUAGCCUCAAGCUUCUUUUGCUGAUGCGCGGGAUCCUGGGCAUGACCUCCCAGGGCUGCCACAUGCUUUCGGUGAAGCUCCUGCCUUUGGCAGAUGCAGUUUCGCUCCACACCGUCUAUCCCGUCCUCACAGCGCUGCUUGCACCUUGCGCCCUCGGCGAGCCCUGGUCCCCGGCCUCCCUUGCGGCCGCGCUGGUGGCCACCUUGGGCUGCGCCCUCGUGGCGCGCGGUCGCCUGAACCACUCGGAAGACCAAUCGCUCGGGCAGAUCAAGCUCGGCGUGGGGAUAGCCCUGCUCGGCGCGUUGAGUGCCAGUCUGACCUACCUACUGGUCCGGAAACUCAUGCGGCCUACGCCAGAGAAGGUUAUUGAUGCAGAGCUGGUGGUCUGGAGCUACUCCGCGACAGCCCUGUGCGUUCUGGUUGCAGCCCUGCCUUUCACGGAGGGCAACUUCGUCUUCGAGGGCAUCGACACAUGGACGUGGCUGGCUCUGAUCGCCGUGGGACUCACCAGUGUCACGGAGCAGCUGCUCGUGACCUUGGGCUUCAGAGGCCUUCCGGCCGCAGCUGGGACGCUGAUGCUGACUCUGGAGGCUGGCUUUGCGUUCCUCUUCAGCGUGCUGGUGCUGCAUGAAGCCUUGCGGCUCCAAACUGUGCUAGGCGCAGCCUUGGUCGCAGUGGCAGUGGUUGUCACGCUGCGCCGGCCUGCAGGAAAUCCAAGGCCAGCAACCACAGCCCACGGUGGAGAGAAGAGCCUGGAGCAAGUCGGCUUCCAGGCGGUCUGCAACUUCGAUGUGGAGGGAGCUAUUAUGUUCUUUCUUCGACCUACUCUUUGCCAAAUUCAUCUGCGCGGCACGCUUGCACCAGCUAGAUCCUACUCUGACGACAAGGACGACUUUGCCCAAAACCCUACUAUAAUUAUUAAGGCCCCUAUAUUAAACUCCAAACCUUACUUCACGUUUUCUUAUAAGAAUACUCAGGAUAAACACCCUGCUUCACGUGAGAAGGUGACUCCGGUGCAGCUCUUUGACGGACCCAAGCGGAAGGCCGGUGACUCCGAACAAGAGCUGCUUCUGCCGCCUUUCAUUGCUUACGACUUCGAGGAAGAAUACUCUGUUGAUUCAGACAUGGAGUUGCCAGAGAAGCAGAUGCGCAUCGGCGAACUCGAGGAGAGUUGGGGCGUCCGCCUUCCCGAGCAUCUCACACACUUCGUCUACGGACUCCUACCUCACCUGAACAACUCACAGGUGUCGUCCCCUGCUGGCGGCUUUCGAGUGUCACUCCGUUUCCUGCGCCGAGCAGAGCCGGCAAAAGCCGUGGCGCAGCUGCUGCAGGAUGCCUCGCAGCUCCUCUACAAGUGGAGUGCGGAGGAAGAAAAAGGGGCCAUGUCGAAAGCCUUGAACUUGAAGCAGGUAGAAGCAGAGUUCUACGGCACCUUGCUCCGUCAGCGGGAGCUUCAGCGCAGGCAGGAGAACUCCAAGUGCCAUGGCUGUGCACUGAAGAACGCCCACUACGAGCAGCUGGGGGCGCGGAGGUCAUUGGCAGCAGAUAUCGAGGACCUGGACCGUGAACUGGGCGCUGAAUCCCUGGGCCUCCUACCACAGCUGCGGGCCAAGGAACAGGUGUUGCGCGAUCUCCAAUGCCUGGAUGAAGACGGCCUCAUCUCCUUCAAAGGACAGGCUGCAACGGAGGUGCUCUCAGGCGAUGAGAUCACGGUUGCAGAGGUGGUGUUCCACAACAUUCUGGAAGGCCACACCCCGGAAGAAGUGGCAGCAGCCGUCACGGCCUUCGUCUUCCCGGACAAGGUUGAGAUGCCCCAGGAUGCGACGAUGGAGGAGCUGCCGGAGAGCCUGGCUACGGUUCGGCAGGCCGAAAAUGCAGGGAAAUGCGUAGCCUCAGGGACCAACAAGUUUUGGUGUAUCGGGCUCCGCAAUCUUUAUUGUAGCUCGAAACCCUGCCACAAGUCGGCAGUUAAGGAAGAAAUUGUCUGUAAGAAUAUUGCAGACUUUGGUUGA